AAACAAAGUCUCAGUCGAGUGGCAGAAAUGGACGAGGAACCGCAUGCCUAUGAAAAGCUGGUGGCCAAAGCAAGGCGACAUGAUCCUGAAACUACCAGCAGUAGCAGCGGUUCGAGCCAGAUCAGUUCCAUAGAGGCAACGAUUGCGGCGGACCCUUCACCCGGCGUGUCAUCAGUGGUCCAACCCUUGACUAUCUAUCUGCUGGAGCCCUUUAUAUUAAUUCUUUUGUUCGCCUACAAUUUUUCCUCCACUGUAUUGAAGAAUCAAAUAAUCUAUCAAAGUUGCACGGCUGGGUUCGGAUACUCGGAUAAGGUCUGCCUGCUUCUGGGCACCAAGAAUGCCACCAACGAAACGAAGAGAAUCGAAGAAGAGGUGCAGCCCUAUGCAGCUCGGGUCGUUGUGGUCAUGAGGAUUGUGGAGUGCAUUAUUCCGGCAUUCUGUGGGCUCUUUGCAGGAGCUUGGGCAGAUCGCUACGGACGCAAGCCGCUCUUGAUGUGCUCCUUUUUGGGCUAUGGCCUGCAGUAUCUGAUUUCAGCUGCCGUUGUCUAUACAGCCAUGCAGACUCAUGGAAUGGUCAGCCCCUGGUGGUACGUGCUGUCGAUCGUCCCUCUAUCGUGCCUGGGCAGCAGUGUCACCUACUCCUUGGCCGCCGUCUGCUUUAUAGGGGAUGUGUCCGAAGGAAAGGUUCGAUCAUACAGGAUGAUUGCCUAUGAGCUGGCAAUAUAUGUGGGUCUCCUUCUGGGGAGCUUCGGCUCUGGCUACGCCUACGAGGCUACCAAUGCAUACGUUGUCCUGAGCAUAUCCGCUUGCUCCAUUCUCGUUGCGCUCUUCCUGAUGAUCGCUCUCCUGCCAGAGAGUCUUCCCAGUACUGAGCAGAGCGCUUCACAUAAUCAGGCUGAAGACAGGGAUGUCCUGGCAUUGCUGAGGGAUUUGUGGAGCAGUUGCUGUAGACACCGCGCUUAUAAAGAUCGUUCUAUAGUGAUCCUAAUUAUGUUGGUCUUGCUGCUAGCGGCCUUUGUCUCUGACGGCAGCAACUCGGUGUUCUACAUGUUCAUGAGAGCCAAGUUCCAUUGGACCGUGAAGGAGUUUACCGAGUACGAGUCGGUCAGCAUCUUGGUGCCUGCUGUGGCUGGCUCUGGCGGAAUGCUAUUCAUUUGGUCCCUGCGGAAGUGCACCAGCUCGGCGGUUCUCUGGCUGGCCAUCGUCUCUCUCCUGAGUCAUUCGACCAGCAGUCUGAUGAAGUCCUUGGCUGCGGUGAGCUGGCAAAUCUAUGUCGCCAUUGCCUUGGGCGUAUUCAAGACUCUGGUGAAUCCCAUGUGCCGCACAAUAAUCACCAAUCUCCUGCCGGCCGCAGAGAGAGGCAAAAUCUUCGCUCUGCUGGGCAUUCUGCAGACACUAUCGCCCCUGAUAUCAUCUAGCCUGUACUUUGCGAUCUACACCCGGACAUUGGACAGCGAUCCGGGGAUAUUCAACCUGCUCAGUGCUGGCUUAUACGCUCUUGGGAUAGUACUCCUCAUUGUUGUGUGGCAAAAAAAGUCAACAAAUCGGGAGUAUUACAAUCCGGUUUUCAAGUGAGUUAACGACUCUCUUGUGAUUUUGGGCACCAGUGAAAUAAGAAAAAAUCUGCCUGUCAUUCCAAACUUUCGAAUAUAAAUUAUACAGAGCUGCUAGCGCCGGGUACUCCCCCUACAUUAUAACCCUACAACAAAUACUCAUCCAUACAUAAUUUCGUACUUGUUUAAGUAUACGAGCUCAACAAUUGAAAUGUGCUAAUUGGGGGGAGAGAGGUAGUAUCAUUCGACAUCGAAACUGCUUUGGAAACUUUUUAUAAUUAAAAAUAAAAAAAGCAUGGAAAAGAUUUUCCCAUUGACAAAAUGUGGGUUAUUAUAGCAUCCAAAUGUGGCGGCGUGUGCGCUGUUAUUUGACAAAUCUACACGGAUCUAUAAAAAUAUUAAGAAUAUAUAUAAUUUGUGCACAAUGUAGCAAUAAAAAACAUCCCAUCGAUUGGUGCUAACUCAUACAUAUGUUCGUUGCUUUAAUCAAAUGCUAAUUUCACUUGCUAAUUUUAAACUAGUCGCCAAGUUUUUUACACCCUUGAUUAAGAUCGGUUGGGCGCCUCACCAAAAAUAUAUACAAGAAAUUACAAAUUAAACUCUACUCAUUUUAUGGACCAACAGAGCGGAACGAAAUCUCUGGAAUUCUAUAUCAUUGCCAUCAAAUGAAUUUAAAUUAUUAUUUAAUAAUCAGGCAAACAUGAUGGGCCAAAAAACUAGUAACGCUAUAACCGAUAUUCCGACCAGUCUAUAGACUUCCCCAAAGAUAACCACCGCUAUUAUUGAAACUAAAUCUAUAUUUGUGUAUCCACCUAUGCAAUAUAAAUCUUCUUAAUUACAUGAAGGCAUUACAUUACAUCAUUACAGGCAGAGCAGAGAAAAUAGGUUCCUCAGUGUUAGAAUUUCAGACUCAUUUUAAGAUGAUUUUUUGUUUGCGUAGAUCCCGCAAUUUUCCUUCCAUUCUCUCUAAAGGGUUGCGAAAUAUCUCAAUAUAUCUCUUAUCAUCAAGUAAAUAUUGAGUAAAAAACAUAACAUGAACACAUUUGCAAAGUGUGUUAUGUGAAGCAAGAUCUGUUCUACAUAUCCGUAAUUUUCCAGCCUCAGUUUUUGGGAUUACCAAAUUCCAUGUCCAGAUACAUACAUACAUAAAUCAAAAGUCUGGCGCUCGUGCUACUCAUUUGCAC